AUGACUCCUGCAGUCUUUCUGGUUAUCCUAUGGUUGGGAGUGACCUUGGCUGCUCCAACACCUGAUUACAAUUUGGAUGCUGAAUGGGAGAAGUGGAAGAGAAGCAAUGAGAAAACAUAUAGUCCAGAAGAAGAAGAACAGAGGAGAGCAUUGUGGGAAGAAAACGUGAAAAUGAUCAAACAGCACACUGUGGAGAAUGGCCUGUGGAUGAACAACUUCACCAUAGAAAUGAAUCAGUUUUGUGACAUGACUGAUGAAGAAAUGAGAAUGAUGAUAGAUAGUUCAGCCCCGACUCUAAGAAAGGAGAAACGUGUCCAGAAACGCAAUGUUGAAAUUCCCAAAACCUUGGAUUGGAGAAAAGAUGGGUAUGUGACUCCUGUGCGAAGACAGGGAGCAUGUGGUGCAUGUUGGGGUUUUGCUGUGGCUGGUUCCAUAGAAGGACAGCUGUUCAAAAAAACAGGCAAAUUGUCUCCACUGAGCGUUCAGAACCUAGUGGACUGUUCUAGAUCCUUUGGCACUAUGGGAUGUAAUGGAGGCAGGAUUUAUAAUGCCUUCCAAUAUGUGAAGAACAAUGGAGGUCUGGAGGCAGAGGCAACCUAUCCAUAUGAAGCAAAGGUAAGAAACUGCAGGUACCGUCCUGAAAAGUCUGUUGUUAAGGUCACUCGCUUUUUGGUUGUCCCAAGGAAUGAAGAAGCCCUAAUCAAUGCUCUAGUAAAUAUUGGACCCAUUGCUGUUGGAAUUGAUGCUCAACAUGAAUCUUUUAAAAAAUAUGCAGGAGGUAUAUAUCAUGAGCCAAACUGCAAACGUGAUUCUCCCAACCAUUCUAUGCUAUUGGUUGGCUUUGGUUAUGAAGGUCAAGAGUCAGAGGGCAGAAAAUAUUGGUUGGUAAAAAACAGCUAUGGUGAACAAUGGGGUGAAAAAGGCUACAUGAAGAUUCCCAGAGGUCAGAACAACUACUGCGGAAUUGCUUCUUAUGCCAUGUACCCUGUAUUGUGA